GUCUCAAUAAAAACAAAAUCUACAAAAAAAAAAAAAAAGAAAUGAAAAAGAAAUCCACAAACAAAAGGAACUCAGCACAUGAGAGUAAGAGGAACAAAGGAAACAUUAAAAAACAUUAGCACCACAAAAAUAUAUAUUAAACACUUAUAUCUGUCUUAUUUCUAAGAAAUUGGUUGUGAUUUUCAGUUCAUUCCUGAAGUAGAAAUAGGAAUAUUAUGGAAGCUACUGAAAUAGGAAUUUUAUGGAAGCUAUUGAAGCACUACAUAAUCUAACUUCUAAAAUAUUAGGAAUAUCAAUAGGGGUUAGAAUCAGAAGAGGGCAAGAGAAAAAUAAUUGAAAGCCAUCUUGUCAUAAUUUAAUUCUUCAUGUGUUCAGGGCUUCUCUCAUUGCCUCCCAGGUGUGAGCUACCUCAUCAAAAGAUGCCCAAUUACACCAUAGUGAUGGAAUUUCUCCUGAUGGGAUUUUCUGAUGUUUGGGAACUACAGGUUUUGCUUGCUGUAUCCUUCUCUCUGAUGUAUUUGGUGACUCUCAUUGGGAAUUUUCUCAUUGUUUUUGUCACCACCUUGGACAAGAGCCUUCACACCCCCAUGUACUUCUUCCUCAGGAAUCUGUCCAUCUUGGAUGCAUGCUACAUUUCUGUAACAGUCCCUAAUUCAUGCGUCAACAACCUGCUUAACAGUAGUGCCAUUUCAAAGGCAGGUUGUGUAACUCAGGUCUUACUAGUGGUUUUCUUUGUAUAUACAGAGCUGUUAUUCCUCACCAUCAUGGCCCGUGACCGCUAUGUGGCCAUCUGCCAGCCUCUCCACUACCCUGCGAUCAUGAACCCUCAAGCCUGUGUCCAGAUGACACUGGCUUCCAUCCUCAGUGGUCUGGUCUACUCAGGAUUCCACACAGGCAUCACUUUCAGGCUGCCAUUUUGUCAGUCCAACAUUAUUCAUCAGUUUUUCUGUGACAUUCCCUCUCUGCUGAAGCUCUCCUGUUCUGACACCUUCAGCAAUGAGAUCAUAAGCCUUGCCUCUGGUCUGGUGAUUGGUGGAGGCUCUUUCAUCUUCAUCAUCAGGUCUUACAUUUACAUAUUUUCUACUGUGCUCAAGUUCCCAAGUGGAACUGACAGAGCAAAGACCUUUUCCACCUGCAUCCCUCAUAUCCUUGUGGUGUCUGUCUUCCUUAGCUCAAGCUUCUAUGUGUACCUAAGGCCAUCUACAAUCUCUGCAACCAUCCAAGAUGUGGUCCUUUCUCUGUUCUAUUCUGUAAUUCCCCCCUUCUUCAACCCAAUUAUCUAUACUCUUAGGAAUGAACAAAUCAAAUGUGCCAUCAGGAAAAUCAUGAAAAAAAAUUUCAAUUAGGAAAUUGCUUAUGCUCACCCUAAUUUAUAGGUGAAAUUUAUGUCUUCAGCAAUAAAUUGAGAUUAUUAAUUGGAAUUAUAUGAAUAUACUUUACGUAAAUAUAAUAUACAAACUCAUUCGCAUAUAUCAUUUAUCGAAAUCUUUCCUUUCUGAGGGUUUUGAAUGAUUUGAAUUGGCAAAUGGGUAAGAGAUCUGGUGUUACGAAUAAGCAAGCCCUAGUCAUAAGUGUUUGGCAAAUUAAAAGCUCCCCCCAAGUAUUUCCAUUUAAAAAGUUUAAAAUGUUAUCCUUAGGAAUAUUUUAUGUUAAACUUUAUUUUAUGUACUUUUCCAUCCUUAAAAUAUUGAUAAACCUAGAAAGAAUAAAGUGUCAAUUUAUUUUGAAUUGCCAUAUUUUAUAUUUUAUAGAAGAAA